UGUGAAACGCUGGUGUAUUUUCCAUCAGAAUGUGCAGAAUUCUGCUGUGGGAUGAUGGAUAAUCAACAGAGAAGAACUGUUCAUAUGGCCUCGAGUGCAGCUGAUGAGGAGCCUCAGCCUGGAGACCUGAUCGAGAUCUUCAGACCGGCCUAUCAGCACUGGGCUCUUUACCUGGGAGACGGAUACAUCAUCAACCUCACACCUGUCGACGAGAGUCCGGCCACAGCUGUGUCCAGUGUGAAGUCCGUGUUCAGCCGGAAGGCCGUGGUCCGCAUGCAGCUCCUGAAGGAGGUCGUGGGAGGAGAUUCAUACCGGAUCAAUAAUAAAUAUGAUGACAAUCACACGCCGCUGGCCGUGUCGGAGAUCAUCCAGCGAGCGCAGCUGCUCAUUGGACAGGAGGUGUCAUAUGACCUGCUGGGAAGCAACUGUGAGCACUUCGUCACUCUCCUGCGCUACGGGGAGGCAGUGUCUGAGCAGGCGUCACGAGCCAUAGGCGCCAUCAGUUUAGUGACGGCUGCAGCGAGUGCUUUCUCAGUGCUGGGACUGAUCAACACACGCUCCAGAAACAGACCCUUCUAGAGCCACUCAAGACGACAGAACAGCUUUUACCCGUUAAUGUCCUCUAUG